AUGUAUUUUGCUUCUUUUACAGAAACGAAUUUAGAAAUAUUAGAUUUGUCGGGAAAAAAAUUAACCAAAAUAAACAAAGCACAACCUCAUGAAUAUGAUAUUACGACACUAAUACUCGAUGAAAAUGAAUUACAAAAAUUGGAUAAUAUUGAUACUUAUUCGAAGGUUCAGAAGCUAUCAAUUGUUCGAAAUCAGUUAAUUCGUAUGUACGGAAUAUGCCGAAUGCACAAUUUAACAACAUUAAAUUUAGCUCAUAAUGGGAUUAUAACAAUUGAGGGUCUAAAAGAAUUGGUUCAAUUAAAAUGUCUUUGUUUAGCUGGCAAUAAUAUUAAGACAAUUGAACAUUUGCAUACAAACGUUAACUUAGAACACUUGGAUUUGUCUGAAAAUAAUAUAACACACAUUUCGGAUAUUUCAUAUCUUAAAAACUUGAAGGAACUCCUAUUACAUGGUAAUCGUAUUGGCCAUCUACGUCAAUGUGAACGAUAUUUACCGUAUGGUUUGGUAACAUUAACACUUGCUUCAAAUAACAUCGCAGAUCUAAAUGAAAUUUCACAACUUGUUCAUUUAAUCAAUCUUAACAAUUUUUCGAUAACUGGUAAUCCUUGUGUAUGCAUGGUGGGCAACAAAGUUGGUUUUGAUUAUCGUCCGUUUGUAAUUAAUUGGCUUAUGAGUUUAAAAGUAAUUGACGGAUAUGUUGUCGACGCAAUUGAAAGUUUAAGAGCCGAAUGGUUGUACUCCCAGGGCCGUGGUAGACAUUUUCGUACUGGUGAUCAUCAAGAAUUAAUACAAUAUUUGGCAAGUGUAUGCCCACCCUCAGGUGAAACUUUACAAACAGAAGAAGAAAGAAAAUUACGUUUAAUAUUGAGUAAAGCUCAACAUCAUCAGCAACAACUUCGCGAUCAACUCAACGCAAACGGAAGUCGGGAAAGUUCACCAAAUCCAUCGCCAAAUUCUAAGCGCAAAAUGUCGAGAAUAUUAACGCCCAAAGGAAAAUCUCGAAUAAAGUCCAAAUCUCCUGAUCGCAUGACAUCUAGCUGUAUUAUGGAAACAAAUACAAGUACCGUAAAUAAUUCGAGUGUUCCAUUAAUGAGCCAAAGUUUAGAUUCAAUAAUGCUUAGUAACAAUCUGAUCAAUAAAGUUACCUCGAAUGAUGAAUUAAAUGGAAUUUCCGAAGAAGGUCAAUUAUACGCAAGUAGUCCUCUACAAGCAAAUACAAAAUUGGUUCCUGUUCCUGAAUCAUUGAUGAGUCCUGAUUAUCGCCCACCAAAUGCUAUACCAACUCGUAUGCCAACACCAGCGAUGCGUAACACAACCACAAAUCAAAGUAGAGUCACAACACUAUCAUCUAAUACGUCUAAGAAAGUUGAAUCAAAUCGAAACUCCCCAAAAAUGCUUCGAACGCCGAAUUCUAGUCCUAAACAACAACGUCAAAAUUUUAAUCAAAAAGCAAGUGGGAUUUCAUCAUCACCUUUACGUACACGUAAAAAUUUGAACCAAACAACUUACCAAGGUGAUGUGCAAAAACAUCAAAAUGGAAAUUACACAAUUUCAAUGCAGUCAAGCCCACAAACAAACAAUUCAACAAUCCAUAGCAGUGAUGAAGAUAGCGAAAUGUGUGAAUCGAAAUUGUUAACAAUUCGCAAUCUAGCUCAAGAACGACGAGCUGGAAAUACAAUAUGUAAAUCUAAUUUACAACAGCAGACGCAACAUACUGAAAAACAAUCUCAUCCUUCAACUAAACCACCACAAUUAACAGAAACUGAUGCCGCCAUAAAAAUUCAAAAAAUAUGGCGUGGUUUUUACUGCAGGAACAUUAAUAAGGAUACUAAGAGUAUUCUAAAAAAUGUUAAGGAUACUCGUACACGUUUAUACAUUGAAAAAUUAGCUACAGAUAUGGAAAAAGCCAAGGAAGCAUUGGAAUGUGAACGUAAAAUUCAGGUUUUACAAAUGCAAGCAAUUAAUGCAUUAUGGCAAAAAGUAUCAUCAAUGGAAAAUGUUGAUUCUGCUGAAAAAAAUUUAGCUUCUUUAGACGCAAACCUUAGUUCAAAUGCAGUUGUUAGUAAUGAACUCUUAACUUUAACGAAAACGUGUUCUGAACUUUCUAAAAAGGUCAAUAAUUUGCAAGGUUCCUUGGAUGAAGUGAAAAGUGUUUUAAAAACACUUUGUAUAAAAAAUAAUCCUAGUACAAUUGCAGACACUGGAACUUCAACUCAAACAGAAAUUAUUGCAGUUCAUACACCGCAAGGCGAGGCUGGUAAAAUGUUUCCUUAUCAACGUACACCCCGUCCUUCAUCAUUGCCAUUACCUCAAAACCGAAUUCGUUCAACAUCCACCACGAACGAUGAUCAACAGCAACAAUCCACUGUUGGAUCUGAAGCAACUGAAGAAGUACAACAAUUUGUAGGUAAUCUUGUGAAUGAUGCCAUGAAAACUAUAAACGAAGCCGAAGGGAAUGCAGCAGCAAGUCAAGUUGACGAAACAACAGAUGAAAAUGGUGUACAUACCAAAUCAAAUAGUACAUUGUUAGAUUCAAAGAGCGAUACAUUCUCAAUCGAUGAUACUGACCAGCAAGAGCCAAAUAAUGAAUGAAAAAGAAGUUCAUUAUGUUGGGAUGAAUCUUUGAGAAAAUUUUUAAAUAUUGAAUAUUCAGAGUGUUUUUAAAUAUAUACGAGAAAUUUAGACAAAUUAUUCUCUUUGUGAUUGUAUAAUAUUUUCCUCUGGUUAUAACCGAGUUUUUCAAGUUUCUUUCAUGUUUUGGAGAUAAAAAUUUUGAAAAAUUUGUAUUUUCUUCAUUUAUGAAAUAUAAUUUUCGUCUAGCGAUAUCAUACCACAAUCAUUUCUAAUUGAUUGAUCGUAAAAUGUCCUGCUAUCUUGGGAGAGGGGGGGGGGGGGGGACGUAUUUUGUAACUCAAGUAAAUUUUUAGAAAUACAAUGUUUCAAAUAUGAUUGCUUACAUGACUAUUUUGACAGAACAAAUGCGUUUAAAUAUCUCUUACCGAAAACUAGCCUUUUAAAAAUCAUUAAGAGAAUAUUAUCGUCUUGAAAUUUUUCAAAUAUACUUGAGGCACUCGUGUUAUUCUACAAUUCAAUAUUAAGCAAUUUUCUCAAUUGUUUGCAAAACACUGCCAAGCAAAAUUACAACAGAUAACAAAAGAUGAAUUCAAAACUUUCAAAUGAAUUAAAACUUUUUUUAAAUUAGUAUUUUUUCACAUUCAAAAGAUGAAGUUUUCUUUUACUAAAAACAAAAAGAUGACUAUGAUUACAUCCCUUGUUUUUCUUGUACAAAAUGAUUGAAAACAAGAGACCAUCGUUUAAUUUACUUUAUUAAUGUUACCAAUAUAUCUG